CCCAGGGAUGUGCCUGGUGGGCGUGGCUAUGCCUGGAGAGGGGUUCUGCUCUGUCCUUUGUGCAGCGAGCAGCAGUUCUGGGAUGGACACACAGGCAGCUCCUAAAUCCUGCCUCAUAUCUGGGGAUCCACCUUCCCCAUCAUAAAUCCAAGAAGAGGAGCAGGCACCCCUCAAAGGCUCAUUAACAUGGUAUCUAAUCCAUCACAAUUUCAUGGCAGUACCACUCAUCAUGUAAAAGUGACAAAUUAGGAUCUAUGUAAGGACUAAAACAUGCAAGGUGAGGUAAUUCCCAGUGAUACUGGGAUUGAGGAGAUUGCUUCAAAUUCAUACAAGAAUGCCCCACAGAGCCCUUUAAGAGGCACUUUACGGAGAGCUGUGGCUGCAGUGUCCUUUGAGGGGAUUACAGGAGAGGCUACUAUAGAGAGGAAGAAGAGAAAGAAAAAGGAGCCACGCCCAGAGUCCAUCAUCGUGUAUCGCUCUGAGAGUGAGAAGGUCUUAGAAGAUGAAACGGCCAAUCAGGAGGCAGGAGAGAGAAGUGCAGAAGAAGGGUCCAGAUUUCUGGGAACCCCACUAAGUGAUGGUGGGUGGAAUAUGCAUCCAGAUAGCCGCUAUGUCACAUUAACUGGAACAAUCACACGUGGUAAGAAGAAAGGUCAGAUGGUUGACAUCCAUGUAACCUUAACUGAGAAGGAACUUCAAGAGCUUACAAGAUCCAAGGAGCCUUUGCAAGAUGAGCCAAUGGGGGGGAAGAAGACCUGUUCGGUCGGCCUAGAUAAAGGCCCUCAUGUCCUCCUCUGGAGUAUUCUUUGCUUGCCAGUCAUAUUUGUUCUAUCUUUUGUUCUGUCAUUUUAUUAUGGAACUAUUACCUGGUAUAAUAUUUUCUUAGUUUACAAUGAAGAAAGGACUUUCUGGCACAAGAUCACUUUUUGCCCCUUUUUAAUUAUUUUUUACCCUAUUAUUAUCGUAGCGGUGUCCUCAUCUUUGGCCAUAUAUACAACAGUGACCCAAAUAUCCUGGUCAUUUAGUGAGUGGUGGCAUGCUGUGAAGGACAUGGAGAAAGGUUUCUGUGGAUGGAUUUGCAGCAAACUCGGGCUAGAAGAUUGUUCCCCUUAUAGUAUUGUGGAAUUACUGGAUUCGGACAACAUAUCUGGUAGCUUGUCAGUAAAAGGUUCCACUCAGGGGGUGGAAACCUCAGCAGUCUGAAACAAUUCAUCUGACAUCCAUUUUCUAAGACUUUCUUUUUUUUUACUUUUGUUGAUCAUGGAAUGUCAACACAAGUUCAGUGCCAUAUGAAAAUACGCUGGAGAUUGGUGAACAUGAGGGUAAUACAAUCUUGUGUUCCUCAGCUGAUAUGUCCGAUCAAUCUGGGGAUUAAAACGUUUCUUAAAAUUGAA